AGAAAAGGGGGGGAAAAAAAAAAAAGAAACGAAAAAGGAGGAAAAAAAAAAAAUUAAAAGGAAAACUAAACCGAAACAUGUCUUCUGCCUCCCCCGCCACGGACGACAUCGUGAUCGCGGUGGAGAUCAAGGAGGAAAAUGUGAUGGAAAUGCUCUCGGAAGCCCCCGAGGCGCCCGCGCCGCCGCCCCCUCCCGCCGCUGCCCCGUUCCCCAUGGAGCACGCAGGCUCCGCCGCCGCCGGUGAGGAGGGAGCCGCGGAACAGGUACUGCUCCACACUGAACUCCUGGCCAGGAACCACCACGCUGCCUCCUCUCCCUCCUCUUCAUCUUCCUCCUCCUCCUCCUCCUCCUCCUCGCAGACCCCUCUGGCUUUCUCCCCGGACCACGUCGCCUGCGUGUGCGAGGCGCUGCAGCAAGGUGGGAACCUGGACCGCCUGGCCAGGUUCCUGUGGUCUUUGCCCCCGAGCGAUCUGCUACGUGGCAACGAGAGCCUGAUGAAAGCCCGGGCGCUGGUGGCUUUCCACCAGGGCAUCUACGCCGAGCUCUACAGCAUCCUGGAGAGCCACAACUUCGACUCCUCCAACCACCCGCUGCUGCAGGAGCUCUGGUACAAGGCUCGCUACACCGAGGCGGAGCGAGCCCGGGGCAGACCUUUGGGGGCGGUGGACAAGUACAGGCUCCGGAGGAAAUACCCCCUGCCCAGGACCAUCUGGGACGGCGAGGAGACGGUCUACUGCUUCAAGGAGAAGUCCCGCAACGCGCUGAAGGAGCUCUACAAGCAGAACCGAUACCCCUCGCCCGCCGAGAAGCGCAACCUGGCCAAGAUCACGGGGCUGUCCCUCACCCAGGUCAGCAACUGGUUCAAGAAUCGCAGGCAACGGGACCGCAACCCUUCCGAGACCCAGUCCAAAAGCGAGUCAGAUGGCAACCCUAGCACAGAAGAUGAAUCCAGUAAGGGACAGGAGGAUUUAUCUCCCCAUCCACUCUCCAGCUCAUCCGAUGGCGUUACCAGCCUCAGCCUUCCUGGCCACAUGGAGCCCGUCUACAUGCAGCAGCUUGGAAACACUAAAAUAGCCUUGAGCUCGUCUGGUGUCUUGCUGAAUGGAAACCUCGUGCCUGCCAGUACCUCUCCUGUCUUCCUCAAUGGUAGCUCUUUUCUUCAGGGACCCAACGGUGUCAUACUCAAUGGACUCAGCGUGGGCACUUCGCAGACAGUUACCUUAAAUUCACCCAAAACUGCGUCGAGCAUUGUGAGCAACGGGGUGUCCAUUACUGACAUAAUAUCAUCGUCAUCAGAAGAUGUUAAAGACUUCAAACUCCUUCAGGCUUCUGUCCCCAACGCCACAGCAGCCACAUUCAGCCCUAGCAACAUCCCGGUCUCUUUCCCAGGAUUGAUACCGAGCUCAGAGGUGAAAAGGGAAGGCGUAGAAACUGCUACUUCCCAAGAUGGAGGCUCUGUAGUUACUUUUACUGCUCCUGUCCAAAUAAACCAGUAUGGCAUUGUCCAGAUCCCCAAUUCAGGAACAAAUGGCCAGCUGCUGAACGGAAGCAUUGGUUUUUCUUCUCUGCAGCUGCCUCCUGUUUCUGUGGCAGCUUCACAAGGUAAUGUUUCAGUAAAUCCCAGCACAUCUGAUGGAGGAACUUUCACAACUGACUCUUCAACAGUGCAGCAAGGAAAGGUUUUCUUCAGCCCCCUCGCUCCGAGUGCAGUGGUUUAUACAGUUCCCAAUUCGGGCCAGGCAGUAGGCUCUGUCAAGCAAGAAGGACUGGAAAGAAGCCUGGUGUUUUCUCAGUUGAUGCCAGUCAGUCAGAACACACAAUUAAACGUAAACAUGUCUUCUGAAAAUAUAUCCAGCGGAGGACUCCAGUCCCUGGCCUCCUCGUUAGUGAAUGUAACGCCCUCCCAUAAUUUUUCCCUCACGCCACCAACUCUUUUAAAUGCUGCAGAACUGAACUCUGGUAUCUCAGAGAGCCAGUCCAUGUCAUCACCCGUGACCAGUACCUCUACAGUGAUAUCUAUCAGCAACACUAACUAUGCAACCCUUCAGAACUGUUCCCUCAUUACCAGUCAAGAUCUGUUGUCCAUUUCCACUGCACAGCCCGUGCUUGGAGAAAUAGUUUCUACGAGCGGAGACCGUGUCAGCCACCCCUCUGCACAAGUACACCAGGAUUUUGGCAGGGAGCACAGGUUAGUCCUGCAAGCCGUACCUGACGUCAAAGAGAAUUUCUUACCUAAUUCUGAGAGCAAGUCAACUGGCAAUUUAAUGAUGCUGGAUUCCAAAUCCAAGUAUGUUAUGAGUAAUAUAGUUGACACAGUUUGUGAAGAACUGGAAACGGACAAAAAAGAACUUGCCAAACUGCAGACAGUUCAGAUAGAUGAAGAUAUGCAAGACUUGUAACUUUUUUUUUUCCCCUUGCUUUCUGUUUUAAUAGAUAAGUCUCCUGUUGAGGCCCUAACAAGCACCGAGUGGGGUGUUUGGUGUUGGUUUUUUUUUUGUUUGUUUGGUGUUUGUUUUUUUUUCAUUUAAAGAAACCAGAAGAACAUUUGAAUGGUCUGAAUUGAUGUACAGAGGAAUUUCCAGCAAUGGAAUUAGGUUGCCACACUUGGUUUGCAUGCAGUAUUCUCUUUUAAGCAGAUUAAAGGAGAAGGGAAAUGCCAAGGCAAGUACUGAGUGAAUGGGUACAGGCUACCAGAUGCUACCCUGAAAAUUUAACUAGACUCUCCAUAGUACAACAUACUCUGAACAGUAAGUAUACACUCCUAACUUCAGAUAGAAAAAUCUCGCUCCAAAACCGUAGGAACAAUGCAGUCACUUUUGCUGUUUACUUCCAGUCCAUGGGCAUUGAGAAAUUUUCAAGGAACUCUAGACGAUACCUCUCCGGCUACUUUUAUGUUGUUUGAGGUUAAGAAAUGAAACAAAGUCACGAAUAAUAUUGUUACUGGUGUGUUUGCUUUUUAUCCAGCAGACUUGCGUUCAAACCAAAAAUCUCACAUCAAUCAUGUACAGGUCUCUAAAUGCUGCAGCGAGCAUUUUGUCAGUGCACCAGAAAAAGCAUCAUUUGAAACUCUAAUUAUGCAACUCAGAAGCUUUCUCUCCAGUAUGAAUGUAAAUAUUGUUUCAGUUCUUAUAAAGGAGACUUUUUUUUUUUUUAAUUAGUACAAUGGAUUUUAUUUAUGGUUUAUGUUCCCUUUCACUUUAGACACAAUGCAUUGAAAAGGAAAACGUUUUCUGGCUGUUUAAUUUAUUUUUAUUGUUUGAGCAGGAAGUAAGCGUAGUUAUUUCUGACAAGGUUUUACUUUUUUUGUAGUUUUUUUCAAGCAAUAGACUGUAAAAGUAAAAUGUUAAUCACACUGAAACUAGAAAAUGAAUUCCCAGUCUCACAAACCCAGGAGGUCACUGUCUCUACCCCCUCUGUCUUUGUGUUCAGGGGUUUUUUUGUUUGUUUUGUUAGUAAUUUGCGAAUUAGUUGAACCUUUUUGUGUAUUUUUUACAGAAUUCCAUGUGCCUUUCUUUCUAGUGGCCUUAUCUUUGUUACUAAAGCACAGUGGCAGGAGGCAUAAAAACACUGAUUUGCAAAUAUCCGUCCUCAGGGCCAAAUCCUGAUGCCUUACUUCUGCAGGUAGACCCUCUGACUUGGGUACUUGCACGAGUAAGAAGAGAAAUUUUAAGUCUUCUGGACAUCGUGGGUGACAUUUACUGGCGGUGCAGAGAGCCAGAGGUGGGUCCUUCCUCACCAGGGCAGGAGGAGUCUGGAGAGGAAUCAUGGGCACAGCUGUUGUGCCAAGGGAAAGGUCUUGGCUGCAGCCUCGGGCAGAUGAGCAGGAAGGGUUGGAUGGGCAGGCCAGGGAGGGGAACCCAAUGUUUACACGGGCCCAUUGGCCAAAUAGCCCGUGUGGGAGGGAUUCGGCUGCUGGUUGAGCAAGCAGGUCUCCAUCCAGGAGUGUUCUUGUGUGUGUAUUUAUAGAUCUUUCCAGGAUGAGCAGCCUGAGGGCUGAUGGUGGGAACUGCAGCUCUGAAGGGCUCCUGGCAGCAGCCAUGGUCCCUGCCUGGCUGGGGAUGGGUCUCCACACCUUUCUCCCCAAGGACAGCAGAAGCAGGUGGGCUCUGGGCAGGUGGAACAGAUCUUACCUUUCCUCCAGAGGAGUUUUUUUUUGUAGCAUGGGAAAGCACGUCCUUAAGCUUUAAAAUAAUAAGAAGAAUGCAGAUGUACAAAAAUGACAUGCUGUUAAUCCUUGCGGUCUUGUUUUGUUAUUUUUUUACUCUAAUGUGAAUAUAUACAGUAACUAAAGCAUGUGUUUAUCCUCAUCAGGGGCCUGGUCUGAAGCCUUUGGAAGGCAAGGGGAAAUCUUUUCAUAAGCUUCUGUGGGCUCCGAAUCAGGCUCAGGACAAAACAAGGUCACUUGUAAAGGACAAAAAAAUGGAAAGGAAGGAUGAUUGAGGCAGCACAUCCCAGUCUGUUUGCCUUGGCUGUAACUGGUUCUGUGGAAAGCCUUUGAGGAAUGAAGGUUCUUCCGUGCACCGUGCGCGUGGCAUCGGUGCUCUCGCUGCAGUUUUGCACUAUAUUGAAUACAGCGCGUUUUCCAAGGUUUUCUGUGGAACCUUGAAGCUGAGCCCUGUUGGUGAUCACUGGAGUCCGUGCUGCAAGCUGGAGUCCCUAGGGCUGCAGGGAAAAGGGCAGGGAAAGGGAAGAGCAAGUGUGCAAGGGGUGCACUUUGCAGCUGUACGGCCUCGCUGGUUCUCUGCAGACAGAAGCAGCCCAUUAGCAGUUGGCUGUCCCCACAUGCUCCCAAACAAACAGGGUGCUUGAGGCAAGCGCUUUAAAGCAGAGAUUAUCACAAGCAGAACAUGGAGCUGUAUGUUCCCCUGGCACAACUUUCCCUGACGUUCAGGGGAGCUCCGCGUGAGCAGGGAAUCGGAUAGGCCGGAGUUCUCCUGUCUGCUCUGCUUGUUUAUCUGCUUGCUGGGCCCCAGCAUGAGCAAUCUGCUUCCCACCUCUUCUUCACCCAUAAAACCAAGAUGGUGAUGACAGUAACAGUAAUAGUAGCUGUAAAUGCUUUGCAUGAAAUUGUUCGGCCAUUUGGAAAAUUAGAAAUACCCUAUAUCAUUGUCAUUUUAAUGAAGAAUGUGUGCUUGGUUCUGAUGGAGUUCACUGAGGCUUAAUGUUUGGUUUGUGAAGCUCAGACUAUAUUUGGAGGCAAGCUAGGGAAUAUUUCAGAGCACCUGUUGGUGAGAUCAGGUCUUAUAACUGAAAAGACUGUGGUGUUACACUAGUACCUGUUACUCUUUUUUUUUUCCUCCUUUGCAUUCGUUGUGUUACUGAGGCUCUGAAUUCCAUGGCUUUGCAGCACAGUUGACAUGAAAACUGUGUAUGUUGUUACAGUGGCAUGUAUCUUGGAGUGUCUGGUACUUCUAAUAGGAGACUUCCCACUCUUCAGUGGGAGUGGAGGAUGUACAUAAAAGCAGUGGUUUGGGACAAAGUAAGAUUAAUCUAUUCUAGUCUUCCAGAUAUCAAGUAACUUAUUAUUAUCUUUUACUCUUUCUUUUUCACAUUGAAAAUAAGUGUCAUUCCCUCCAGAUAACGUAGUUAUAACCUCAUGUUUUCUGCAGGUACAUAUGCACAAUAUAAAGACUCAUUGCACGGUACAAUGUUUUUAAAAUAGAAAUUUAAAUAAGUAGUUUUACUCCUUAUCAAGGUUAAGUUUUUAUUAUGUGGCCCUCAAGCAAGCAGGGUAACUGCUCUAAAUAGACAAUAAUCAAAGCCCUGAAAAGUGUCCAGGGAUGGAUCCUUGGCUGCUGUAAAUAAGGCAUUACUCCACUGAUUCCCAAACCCAGGAUUUAACGUGGUGUUUAGGGGGUAUGGAUGCUGGUCUCCCACACAUGUGAAGGCAGUGAGUGUCCAAGCCCCACAGACAGCCCUUAUUAUCACAUUCUGUUGUUUAAAUGGAAGGUAUGUCUAUCUGGCAUACACAUUCCUUCUCCUCCCUCCCUCUCUCUCUGUUAUGGAUGAGAAUAAAGGAUCAUUUCAACUUUACAUAUGUUUGUAACUUGUAAGUCCACUGGUAAUCUUACAGGAAACAUUGCCAAAUUCUACUACUUUUUUGGUCCCAGACUCAGCUUUGAAAACUACGCUUAAAGUUUAAGCAAAUUCUUACAAAGCACGAUGUUAAAAACCCCUCUGUUCUUUACUGCUUUUGAUUAAAGCUGCCUCUUUUCCACCCAGAUUUUUGCAGAAAACUUGUUAAAUUGAAUGCUCUGUCUGGACUAUUUGCAGCAUUAUUCCUGUAGUCUUACCUACAAGGACAUUUCAGCAAUGUAAAUAUCAAGGACAUCUGAUGGCCAGGUCCUCAGCUGGGCUACACUAGCACAUUUCCAUUAAUGUCCUCUCAUACCAGCUGGGAAUAUGGUCCAUUCAUUUCACUGGUGUUAGGUCAGGGACGAAUUUGGCCCCGUAGAUGGUGGCAGCAUGAACCAGAGCACAAGGCUGACACUUUGGUAAAACCAAACAGUCACAGUCUAUCAAAGCAUAUACCUCUUCCCAUUUACUGCUUUUCCCUAUCUGUGGAUUCAGGAAGACACAUUCAGAAAGCAACUUUACCCAGAAGUAAGACUGGAACUGUCUUUAUUGUUAUUACCGUCAAUCUGAUGUUGAUGAUAAUAAUGGGCAGGUUCUGACUUCAAAUCCUGAAAAAUCACCUCAAUAACUAUUUUCAGUUAAAUUAAGCAGGGCAGAAUUUGGCCCUGUGUGCACAGGAGCUUUUCACACACAGAGAUUUCCAGUGCCUGUGCACUUUCCUUAGCAAAGGCAGAUGAACAAGAGGGUGCAUCUCUCCAGUUUCAUAUGAAAUGUGUGUGCAGGACUCUGGGGGGCAUGAAUUGCCUAGUGCUUGUGGUCAAGAAGUAUGUCAAAUCAUCAAAAGAAUAGUAAUUUUAUAAUUCUGGAAACAAAAAUUGUGUUAUUUUACUAGCAAGGAUACCUGAAGUCUUCCUGUAUCUCCUAGCAGUUAUUACCUUGAAGGAUAUUUUAUACCUUAGUUGUAUGUUUCAUAUAAUUUAAAACUUGCUUCUUAAAUUUCUGAACUCAAGGAGGGGGGGGGGGGGAGUGAAUUUUCUGACUUUCAGGAUUCACAUUCAGAGGAUGUUUGUUCUUUUUGCUGCAUGUACUGUUUGUCCAGAACACUAACCAGUUACUUCUCCAAUAUGGGUUUAUUGUGCCUUACAACAAAUACGAAACUUAAGCGGAAUGUACACGUUAGAGGAGGGAAUAAUCAAGGAGACUUUACUGCACUGUUAGGUGAUGCUGCCCCAGAGUGUAUCAUCAGACAUCUCUGUGCUUAAUUACCCAACCAAAGAGAUCUAAAGUAUGUAUGUUUGUUGUACUGUAAUAGGGGUUUGUGCCUGGACAAUUAAGUGUUUUAUUUGUAUUCUGAGAUGAUGUGAACUUAUUUUUCUAAACACUAUACUGAAUAAACUUUAUAUUUAUACACA